AUAAGCCAAAAUUACAGGUGCCUGGGAGAUGCUGGGCACAACAAAGGAGACUAUGUGGGCAUCAAGGCUGGUACUACUGGCUGUGACUACUGCUGCAUUCGGGGAGCUUGUAGCCUGGGCCCUGAAAUGUUACAGCUGCCAGCAGCCCACCAACGUCUCUGAGUGCACCACCAUUGCGGACUGUGCCCCCGAUGAGACCAUGUGCAAGACAACAAUGUAUUCUCUGGAGGAAGUGUACCCGUUCUUGGGAGAUGCUACAGUCACAAAGGCAUGUGCCCAGAAGUGUGUACCCUCAGAUGUGGAUGGCAUCGGUCUGACUCGGCCUGUCUCAUGCUGUAACCAAGACCUAUGCAACACAGGAGGGGCUGCUGCCCUGGGGAGCUUUGGGGGCGUGGUCUUCACCCUCCUCUUCUUCACCUUCCUCCUCCUAUACACUAGAAUCUAGAGGGACAAGGCUGGACAAGUGUUCCCCUCUCCCUUCUUCCCACUCUGAUUGUUCCCCUCUUAUCUGCUUUUCACUAUCCAGAGGUGUGAUACCUCCCCAACCCUAGCUCUCCCCUGUCUUUAUGCUAUAGAUUAUGGGAGAGAAUGGUGUCACCAGCCUGAGGGAAAAAUGGAAUUUCUGCCCUCAAGAAUCCCCAGCCUGAGAGGGAGACUCAGCCCUGUGCCUCAAGGAGUUCUGGUCUGAGCCAAGUAGAUACAGUCCUUGUUUCCUUUCCUCCCUUUCUAUCACUGGCCUCAGCUUGCACAUCUAUAAAAUGGGGAUUAUAGCACCUACCUCAAAAGGUUGUUAUAAGGAUCAACAAAGACAUGUAAAGCCUUAUAAACUAUAAACUGGUAUAUAAAUCUUAA